CCCCCCGCAGCCAUGUCGUCGCCGGCGGCGGCGCGCAGACGCCCGGCGGCCGGGGCCGAGGGGGGGGCCCCCGCGGGAGCCCCCGCGCCCGGCGAUGCGGAGCGGGGCAUGGCGGCGCCGGGCUUCGCGCUCUGCCUCAAGCUGCUGGCGGCGGCCUUCUACGGGCUCAGCUCCUUCCUCAUCGUCGUCGUCAACAAGAGCGUCCUCACCACCUACGGGUUCCCCUCCUCGCUGUGCGUGGGGCUGGGCCAGAUGCUGGCGACGGUGGCGGUGCUCUGGGCGGGCAAGGCGCUGCGGGUGCUCAAGUUCCCCGACCUCGACAGACACGUCCCCCGGCGGACGUUUCCUCUACCUCUUCUGUAUUUCGGGAACCAAAUCACAGGACUGUUCAGCACCAAGAAACUGAACCUGCCGAUGUUCACCGUCCUGCGAAGGUUUUCCAUCCUGUUUACGAUGUUUGCCGAAGGAUUCUUACUCAAGAAGAAGUUUUCUUGGAGUGUUCAGAUGACAGUAUUUGCUAUGAUCAUCGGGGCGUUCGUAGCUGCUAGUGCUGACUUGGCAUUUGAUCUGGAAGGAUAUAUUUUUAUCCUUAUUAACGAUGCCUUAACAGCUGCAAACGGUGCCUAUGUGAAACAGAAGCUGGAUUCAAAGGAGCUGGGAAAAUAUGGUCUGCUAUAUUACAAUGCACUGUUUAUGAUCCUUCCCACCUUGACCAUUGCCUACUUCACCGGAGAUGCGCAGAAGGCAAUGGAGUACCAGGGCUGGGCAGACACGCUCUUCGUCGUGCAGUUUACGCUGUCGUGUGUAAUGGGGUUUAUUUUGAUGUACUCCACGGUUCUUUGCACUCAGUAUAAUUCUGCUCUUACAACUACAAUAGUUGGCUGCAUUAAGAAUAUUUUAAUAACCUAUAUUGGGAUGUUUUUUGGAGGAGACUAUAUUUUUACAUGGACGAACUUCAUUGGUUUAAAUAUCAGUAUUGCUGGAAGCCUGGUGUAUUCCUACAUCACUUUUACGGAGGAGCAAAUGAGCAAGCAGUCUGAAGCUGGCAUCAAGAUGGAUAUUAAAGGAAAAAGCUCUGUGUGACCAGGGAGAGGCUUUUUUUGGAAGCAACCUAUUUCUGUUCAGCUGAUCGCGGGCAGAACACGGGAAGGAAUCCGGGGCGUCUGCCACGGAGUAACGGUGAUGCUCUUAAUUUGCACAACCUAGAUUGCUGCCUUUACAAAUUAUUGGGAAGAUAACUGACUGCACGGUGAAGAAGACAUCUAAUUAAGUCUGAUCGUGAGGAAUUAAUGGGUUUCUAAUCACGCUGAGAUUUGGCAGUAGAGAUUGGCACAGGCAGCGUGCACGUUGGAAUCGUGGAGGACUGUGCCAGCUCGGAGGGCCGUACCCCGAGCAUCCUUGGCUGCGUCUCGUCUCGGUGCAGCCGGGGAUGGGUGCUGGGGCUGGCUCUGCUCCGUGCCUCCCGCAGCCCGGUCCCCCCGGCGAGACCGUGGUACCCGGCACGGAUCCGGCCCCAAGGGGCAGGCGAACCCCUCCUCUCCCCAAGGGAGAGGAGCUGCGGCGUCGCAGCCCAUGCGAGGCGAGCGCUGGUAUUCCCCCAGCAAAGCCGCUUCUGCAGGAUGCUCCUGGUCUGGGCCAAAACCUCUGUUGAAUGCUCAGUGCUCUCUGAACUUACACUUGUUAAUUGGUUUUUGGUUUGUUUGGUGGUUGUUUUUUUUUUUUUUUCUUUUGUUCUGUUUGUUUGUUUGUUAACCCACUUUUAAAGCUGGGUUUACCUGCCUUGGUUUCUAAGAAAGAGCCCUGCAAACAUUCAUCCCUCUCCUUCCCACCCAAGGUUGCUUUUACGAGGCUCAGGGACGUUCCCAACGUGAAGGUUUUACCUGCCACCGGUGAGCUCGGCAGGGCCAGCAGCAUCCUUCAAACCACCCCAGGGUCAGAAACCUUUGGAUUUGGAAAAGCUGCUGGCCAUGCCAGGGCUGGCCCUGGUGCAGGGACCCUCGCGGGGCACUUUUUGGAUCCAACGGGGAGUAGCUGCAGGGUGUGCAGGAGAGCUGACGUUGUCCCACCUGGCACGCAGAGCCUCCUCUCUCGAUCCAGAAAAAUCCGCUGCAAAGGCUGCGGCUCCUGCCCCUGCAACCCCCUUCCCACCCAUCAGCACCGUGCACGUGUCUGGGAGAGGCACAGGGACUUGAAUCGUGGUGUUUUGGCAAGUCGGUGGGAAACUCGGGGGGCUGGUGGCUCUGCGGGUGCUCCUGCUUGUCCCUGCGAGCACGCGUGGCGUGUGCCCACGCUGCAGCACCAGCACUUCGGCUCCGGCCAAGCCCUGUCCUGCAGUUUGUUUUUUGAUGUAGUAAUUCUUCCUUUGGUUUGUGACCCGUUAAAAGAAUGGGAUUUUUAAUAUGUCAGGCAGUGUUAACUGAUUUUUUUUUUUUUUUUUUUAAAGGUUGUCUUAACACAGCACUUCUUUCUAGGUCUUUUUUGGAUUGUCUUUCUUUUGGUUUAAAAAGAAUUGUUUAUAAUCUUGGUUAAAAAAAAUUUUGGUAAAACUGUAUGAGGUUUUUUUUUUUUUUUUUAUACAUUCCUUUGGUAACCAGGAAAAUAGCUUCUAUAGACAAUAUGUAAUUUUUGUUUCUGGAAGAUAGUUGCUGAAAAUGUAACUGCUGUUUGGCCAAGCUGGGUUUACUGGAGUACUUAACAUUGAAGUUUUUAUAUGUGACCGAGAAUUUCUCUGAACAGUGCUGGUAAAGAUGCAGAGCGAGUCUGCCAGCCCCUGUGCUACUGCCUGCUCCAAAAUCCCAUCCCUGGAGUCGUUCUGGCCAGGCGUGCCGGAGCUGACGUUUCUGUACCGGAGCUGGGGUCUUCCCUUCUCUCCCUUUUGGGGUCAGUGGGAUGCGGAAUGUGCGUAGCGGGGGAUUGGUGUGGUUACUGUAUUUGUAAGGCGUGUGGCAGCACAGAGGGCUGAGUCGGUGCGUCCCUGAGCGAGGAGCAGCCCUUCAGUGGGGCUCCCCCCUCGUAGUGCGGAAUUGGAGAAAGAAAGAAAAAAAAAAAAAAAAAUUCCCCAGUCAUUCUUAUUGCUUCCUCCAUUUCAGUAAGACCUCAGCUUUGCAGUCGGCUGCAGAGCUGCUCUUUUUAUAAGGAAAGAUAAAUGCUUCCUGCUGUGCAGAAGACCCAGAGCUACUCACACAUCAGCUCCCGGUGGGGUUACUGGUCCCUGCACUGGUUCCCAGCAGCGGGGUGGUGCUGGGGCUGGCAGACCCCUGUCCCUGCAGCUUCCAGCCGCUGCGGCCCCUUGCAGCGCGUGAUUUCAGGGGUGCUGUACUGCACCAAACCCCUGUCCUUCAGCCAGGCCUGUGCAUUCCUCUCACUUGCUUCACCAGAAAUAUUUGCCAAUCACUUUUUGCCAUGUUUGCUUGUAACUUCGCUGUGCUGAGGCGUUUGCAGUCGGGAUGUCAAUUCUGUCGAAGGUUUUGAUUUUUAUUUUUUGAAUCUACUGGUUAGAUUUCUUGUCCAAAAGGUAAAAUGUUUUUAAAGCUUAUUAUUUUGUUUGUAACUGGGCACUCUUCAGUGCCAGGGUCUGGAUGGUAUUGUAUACACUGGGAAAGCGAACAGAGUUCUUACGACAGUAUUUUCUAUGCUAUUAAUAGACUAAAAGUUUUUCUAUAUAGAAUCUAUUUACAAAAUGACCGUUUUAGUGAUUAAGAGAGUGACCUUUUUAUUUGAAUGUAUGGCAGGCUUUAUAUGUCAGUCAGUGGAUGAUAGCAAAAAGAAUUUUAUGAUGUGCCUAUGUAUUUUUGUACUGGCUUCAAAUAAACCGAUGACCUUCCCUCCUA